GCUUGAAACGUGAUACUUGAUGCCUAACAUUUUUCUAGAUCCUCUUCCAGCCUUUUCAAUUUCAGGCAGCAACUAAAUCUUGCAUUCUUUCCUUACAGGCUGCAAUUUGGAGCUUUUAACAAGUUGUUAAAAGAUCAUGGUAGAAGAGAUAUACAAGGAAGGGAAAGGCACAGUCUGUGUCACAGGAGCUGCUGGUUUCAUUGGGUCAUGGCUUAUAAUGCGAUUACUUGAGCAGGGUUAUGUUGUGAGAGCAACUGUCAGAGAUCCAGGAAAUCCAGUGAAGACCAAUCAUUUGUUGAAACUACCUGGGGCCCAUAAGAGACUAACCCUUUGGAAAGCAGACUUGGCUGAUGAAGGAGGCUUUGACAAUGCGAUUGAUGGUUGUGAAGGUGUUUUCCAUGUUGCAACUGCAAUGGAUUUUGAGUCCCAAGAUCCAGAGAAUGAGGUGAUACAACCAACAGUGAAUGGGGUAUUGAAUGUAAUGAGAUCAUGUGCGAAGGCCAAAUCAGUGAAAAGGGUUAUUUUCACCUCAUCUGCUGGGGCAGUGAGUUUUACAGAUGAUUAUGGAACACCAGGGAAAAUUUAUGAUGAAACCUGCUGGACCAAUGUGGAGCUUUGUAGGAGUAUAAAAAUGACUGGCUGGAUUUACUUUGUGUCCAAGACACUUGCAGAAAGAGGUGCAUGUGAGUUUGCAGAGAAAAAUAAUGUUGAUCUCAUCACAGUUAUACCAACAUUGGUGGUUGGGCCUUUUUUAAUGGAGACUAUGCCUCCCAGCCUGGUUACAGCAUUGGCGCUGUUCACAAGAAAUGAACCACAUUACAUGAUAUUGAGACAAGUGCAGCUGGUUCACUUGGAUGAUCUCUGCAUGUCACUCAUUUUUCUGUAUGAACAUCCCCAAGCAAAGGGCAGAUAUAUCUCUUCCUCACAUGAUGUCACCAUUGUUCAGCUGGCAAAGUUGUUGGCUGACAAAUAUCCACAAUACAAUAUUCCAACUGAGUUUAAGGAUGCAGAUAAGUCUUUGCCAGCAGUAGCAUAUUCAUCAAAAAAGCUUGUUGACUUGGGCUUCAAAUUCAAGUACACCAUAGAAGACAUGUAUGACGGGGCAAUACAAAGUUGUCUGGAAAAAAGUCUUCUAUCAAAGAUGUGAAUUGGGGCACCAAGCAGCAUCCUCAAUAGUAAUCAGUAGUUUCCAUUCGUUGUUCAGAGAUGUUCAACUUUACAAUGAUACCUUAGAUAGGAAAGUAGGUUAUCUUUUUGA